CAAAAUGGCAUUGAUUCUCUUCCUUGUUUUCUCUGUCUUCCUCCAAGGAGCUCUUGGUGAAAUCAUAUGUGAGGAAUUACCUGUUGGAAUGUGCUCCUUCUCCAUCGCAUCUUCUGGGAAGCGUUGCCUGUUAGAGACUUACGUAACAAAUGAUGGAAGAACGUCUACGUCGACAUUACAAUGUAAGACAUCUGAGGUGGUUGCAGAGAACAUGAAGGAUUGGAUUGAGAGUGAUGAGUGCAUAAGUGCUUGUGGUGCUGAAAGGAAAUCUGUUGGAAUUUCAUCGGACUCCCUACUAGAGCCUCGCUUCACCUCCAAGCUUUGCUCCCCAGAAUGCCACCAGAAAUGCCGCAACAUUGUUGAUCUUUACCACAAUUUGGCUUUGGGAGAAGGAGUGUUCUUGCCGGACUUGUGCAAGGUGCAGCAAGCCAGCCCACGUCGUGCAAUGACUCAGUUUUUAAGCUCCGGUGCAGCUGCCGGUCCCAUCGCUUCUGCUGCCGAAGCUCCUACUGCCUCCCUUGAUUUUGCUCCGGGACCCAU